UUUGCUCCUUCGUGAAAACAAAUUUGUGCUUGUGCUGAAAAACCUGAAAACAAACUGCAAUCUGGUGUAGUUCCAUAUUUUUCUGUUGUCCAAAAUGGAUCGUGUUGAGUUCGCAUCGCAGGACGACAGAAGGCUUUGGUUGGGAAACCUGGACAGCCGUAUCACCGAGUAUCAACUACUGAAAAUCGUGCAAAAAUACGGCACAAUUGAAAAGUUCGACAUGCUGUUUCAUCGCUCCGGACCGCUAGCAGGAUACCCCAGAGGUUAUGCGUUCGUCACGUAUGAAAAUCACAAAGACUCAGAAUCUGCACUGCGCAGGUUGGAUGGAAAGGUGGUCGGUGAAAAAACGAUCGUGGUUCGAUGGGCUAAGCAUGUGAACCGCGACGAUACGGACAAAUCGAAGCCAAAGCUAGAAAUACCUUGCCUUGCCGGAGGUUCCAAAGGAGGCGCAAAUGGGCCGCUAAGCCAACAGACGAAAAUACAGGCCCUGGAAGCUAAGCUGAAAAUGCUGGAAAGCAGAUCGGACGACCUGAUCAUCAACAAAUCAACCACCGCCGAAAGGCCCAUUAUUGAGCGCUACCAGUACAACAUCAAUCAACCACAGAGGACUGAUCCAAUGAAGAUGAAACGUUCUCAUCAUGCGGGUGGCCGCGGGGGAUCACGAGGUGGGCCAUACCGACAUCCCAAUCGGCACAAAUAGAAUGAACGACGUGAAUUAUUUAACGAAUACUCAUAGAUUUACUUUUAUAAUUUUAACACCGCUACGAUUGAACUAGAAACAAAAAUAAAUAGACAUGAAUUAAUC